UUUUUGUGUCGAUUGGUUUGGUUUGAUGGCGUCGAAACGCAUCUUAAAGGAGCUCAAAGAUUUACAGAAGGAUCCUCCAACAUCAUGCAGUGCAGGUCCGGUCGGUGAAGACAUGUUUCAUUGGCAAGCAACGAUUAUGGGUCCUGCUGAUAGCCCUUAUACCGGUGGAGUCUUUCUUGUUUCCAUUCAUUUCCCUCCUGAUUAUCCUUUUAAGCCCCCUAAGGUUGCAUUUAGGACUAAAGUUUUCCACCCUAAUAUUAAUAGCAAUGGAAGUAUAUGUCUAGAUAUUCUUAAGGAACAGUGGAGUCCAGCACUCACCAUUUCCAAGGUGCUGUUAUCUAUAUGCUCUCUUUUGACAGACCCAAACCCUGAUGAUCCCCUUGUCCCUGAAAUUGCUCACAUGUAUAAGACUGACAGAACCAAGUAUGAGGCCACGGCUCGCAGCUGGACUCAGAAAUAUGCAAUGGGUUGAUGGUGAUAAAUUGCCAGACAACUUGGAUAGAAAUCAGGAGUUAAUUAUCCUCCGCAUUUUGGUAAAAUUAGGAGAAAAUGUCUAGAGUAUCAUCUUUCCUGUUUUCUUGUCAUUAUUGGGACUGUUGUUACUGUCUGUGUUCUUUAUGAAUAUUUUGUUUGGAGAAGACAUUUACAGAAGUGGGGAAACAACUUUAUUAUAAUGUUCUUAUCUUAUAAUUGUUGGUAUUAGAAAAUAUGCCAGAACUUGAAUAAUAACCACUUACGGGCAAGUUGUGAAA